UUGAAAUGUACGAAAUUUAGUGAAAAAAUUCAAUUUUACUCAUCGAGACAUUUCAAUCGUAGAUUUUAGGCGAUUUUUCAUACGAAACACGCACCACGCAAUUCAAGAAUGCAAAAAAGAUGUCUUUGUAACGCGUAAAGAAACAAAAAGCAAGUGCGUAAAUUGUUCUUUUUAUUUUUUCACUCACUCACUCCGACGACGACGAAGAAGAACAACAAGGUCAAUAAAGAGAAAAAAUUUCGGGAAAAUCCAAAGAAAAUCCUGACAAAACGCAAGAACAAGCGAAAAAGGAGCAUUUUUCGAGGGCACGGCAAACACCAACGAUGGCGAGUGUUUGGCGGAGAUUUCAGCGAGUUAACAAACGUGCAGCAAAAUUCCAAUUUACUGCCUCUUUUCACGAGUUAAAAGUCGAAACAACAUCAAAAUGGCGCCCCACGAAUUUAUAUGUCGUUUGGACUCGCAGAUCGCGUCGUGUCAUGUCCACACCCUUGACGUGGGAACCCGAUUUGGUCGAUCCGCUCUCCGCAAAUAUGGUUUGGCAGGUUCCAGACAAUCACACGAUCACGGUAACGCUGUUCCGAGACCCGCGUACGCGAGAGCUCGAAGAUAAGGAUUGGACAUUUGCCAUUGAGGAUGUCUCUGCAAUGGGCAAAAAACGAAUUCUCGCAUCGCAGUCAAUAAAUAUGCGGAAAUAUGCGUCGAUUGAGUCGACACAGCAAACUUUUUCGCUGAAUUUGAGACCAACGUCGAAGAAAAUUACGUCAGCUGACCUGCAAUUGACGCUCAGUUGUGUCUUUUUGCGAGAAGGAAAGGCUACGGAUGAAGACAUGAUGAGCAUCGCUUCGAUGAUGUCCAUGAACAACAAUUCCGACAUUGCGCCCCUUGACGAACUCGAAGACAUCGAAGAUCUCGAAAUUUCCGAAGAAUUGUCGGAAGAAAUCCUCAGUAUGACUCAACAAGUCGAACAAUGGACCUCAAAUUUGAACAGUUCGGAGCUACCAACGCCCAUGAGUGUGCCCUCUUUGACGGAAGAUCACACGCCAACUGUCAUCCCGAAUCACUUUGACGACACGGAUGACAACAAAAACUUUAGCGAUGGCAAAAAAAUCAAACCGAACAGUAUUUGGGACAUGGAUUUCACGCAUCACGAUGCCAAAUCACGCGAAGCUAGUCCUCGAAAAGAGCUGGAAGAACCAAAAACAUCCGAGCCGGAGAUAAAACUUGCCGUUCUCGAUGAAUUUGAUGCGGAUUUGCAGGAAGACAAGUCAGAUUCGAUCACGUCGCCGCUCAAAGACAUCCAAAAACUCGUAAAAGCGGUCGAGGAGGAGACAAAGCAAAAGUUGGAAAAGGAAGAAAGUCAAAAGAGUGGCGUGGAAAAGGCGAAAAUUGAGUUGCCGCCGUUGAAUUUGACCAAAAGUUAUGAAAAUAAUGGAGAAAUGAAGCCGGCGGGAGGAUUGGCAGUUGUUAAUAAGGCAAGGCAAGAUAAGACGACACCCGGGCAAGAUUUGUUAGAAUGGUGCAAAGAAGUGACAAAAGAUUAUCCAGGUGUUAAAGUGACAAAUUUAACGACAAGUUGGCGAAAUGGCAUGGCAUUUUGCGCGGUUAUUCAUCAUUAUCAACCGGAAUUGAUUGACAUGUCAACAUUAGACCCGCACGACGUAAUGUCGAAUUGCCGCAAAGCUUUCGAAGCUGCCGAAAGUCUCGGGAUCCCCAAAGUAAUCGAACCACGUGACAUGAAUGUCCUCGCAGUACCCGACAAACUAGCCGUCAUGACUUAUUUGCAUCAGCUUCGUGCCUAUUUUACGGGCAACGAGCUCGAAAUUGAACGUUUAGGCACAAAAUCUGACGAUACCUCGUAUGUCAUUGGAAAUUAUCGAACUGACAGCAACGCAGCUGCUUUGCUGAACAUGAAGGAUUUCAAACAUUUCAUUCAUCGCAACAGUUUUGACGAGGAAAUGCCGAACGAUUUGUCGCCCGAAAGUGACACGAAGAAUUUAUUCUUUCAUCAUCCGGCAAAGAGACCUUUGAUGUCACCGGCGAAGGAAAUUCAUCCAAGAAGGUCGCCAAUUCGAGAGGAUGGAAUCAAAGCUGGGAGCGAAGAAAGUGAAAAUUCGAAGAAAAUUUCGUCGGAAACGAAGGUCAGCAGUUCACCAAUCACGAUAAAUAAACAAUCGCCGUCGAGUGACAAUGAGGAGAAUCAAAAACCUCCCGCUUCGCCGCCGGGAUUUUCCUUCAGCAGCAACAAUAUACUAAAACGUCAUACAGAGUUAAGUGAAAAAGCUAAAGCAAUCAUUGGAAAGUUAAAAUCUCCUUCGAUCGAAAUUCAGGAACAAGACGCCAACGAGGCGGAACGUCAGGAACGACUCCGUCAAGAGGCACGAGCAUUAAUCGCUGAGACCCGCAAAAAGUCGUUAACGCUUGAUUUGUCGUCGCCGACGAAGCAAACGAACAAUCGCUUGGGCGGCGGGCCUCUCUCGCCGAGCGAGAAGACAAUUUCCCCGAUAAAUAAUCUGAAAGAAUUUAUCGAUAGCAAUGGCACCGCAAAACCCGUAGAUCAUAGUAGUAGUAGUAAUAGUGACGAGUUACCAAACAAACAAAUUAAUAAUCGAAUUAUCGUGAGCGACGAGAACAGAAAUAGUCCGAGCAGGACGACGACGACACAGGGUUUCGGAGGUAAAUUAGAAAGUGUUUCGCUUCAGUCAUUUAAUGCCAUGCUCGAGAAAUUAUCGCCACGGAAUGAGACUUCGAAGGCGGAAAAAGGGGAUUAUUACCAAAAAGAACUCGACAUGCUGGAAAGAGAACAAGAAGAAAUCGACAGUCAAGCGAGAGCGUUGGAGAAAAAAUUGAGACUUGUGAUGGAUGGAACGAAUACAACAGAUCAAAAGGAGCAGGAAGAUAAAUUAAUGGCACAAUGGUUUACUCUAGUCAAUAAAAAGAAUGCUUUGCUUCGAAGGCAGAUGCAGUUGAAUAUUUUAGAACAAGAAAACGACUUAGAGCGCAAAUUCCAAAUGUUAACACUCGAAUUGAGGGCAGCCUCUUCCGUCGAAGAAUGGCGCAAAACCGAAGAACAAAGAGAACGCGAGGCAUUAUUACUUGCGGAGCUACUUAAAAUUGUGGACAAACGCAAUGAGCUCGUUCAGAAUUACGAUACUCAGGAACAAGCUAUUGCUGACGACGAAGAGAUUCAAAGUAAUUUGGAACAUAUUGACAUUAAUCCAAAAGAUAAAUGUUCUCUUAUGUAAAAAAAAAUCAUCGUAAAACUUUGUGUUGUUAAUAUUUUUUAUAUGUUUAAAAAUUCAUGACUCUCAUUCCUUAGAAAUUGUUUAAAACGAUAAACAAAGAAAUUAUCAAAAAAAUUCAAAUAAUUAUUUUGAAAGCUCAAAAAAAAUAUUUAAGUUA